GGUCUUUAUAAUGUUGUAAAUUCACCAAUUGUAUGAUCUGUACAAUAAUUACACCAUCAACUAGUAAUUUAGAUUAAUUGUAAUGAUUUUUGUAAGUUCUAUGAAAGCAAGUUUUCUGUAUAAUUAAUAAUAUACAUUUCUGCCAUUAUCUGAUAGUGGUAAUAAUAAAUCUAUUCCUUGUUUCAAACUAUUGUACAGAAGAGCAACUUUUGUAAUUGAUGUAACUGUAGGCUUUUUUACAAAUAUGUCUUUCAAUAACUACUUUUUUCAUCAUUAUAAAAGGUAAACAAAAGUGCUGAUCUGUCCCCUGGACACCACACACAAGAGUAUGCAAAGCAGUGUGCCAGCAAACGCAAAAAAUGUCAAGAAACGUUCUGUAAGCCUUCUGCAAAAGGAAGACGUUUAUUCCUGAAGAAAGAGCGUGCUGUCAACCAGUCGGCUACAGAGUCACUGGAAGGCAUGACAUAUCAGUCAGAAGUUGGCCAUGAAGAUUGUACUGACAUAGACAGAAUCCCUGAUCCUAUACCGCGUGGAGUAUUCAAGCCAGUCUGUUCAAGUGGCGAACCAUCGUACAUCACUGUGGACCUUGAAACUACAGACCUUAUUCGAGGAGAGGUGUAUCCUCAUAUAACACAGAUAGCCGCCAAACAUGUGAGCACAGAGAAGAGCUUCAGUUGCUAUGUGUUACCCAAACUACCGAUGAGUGCCUCUGCCGAACAAGUGACUAAAAUUGUUGUGACAAAUAGUAGUGAUAUGUUUGUAAAUGGUGUUCCUGUUGAAACUAAAACUAUUGAAUCAGCACUCAGAGAAUUGUUUAGCUGGCUGAAACAGUUCAGAAACGUGUUUCUAAUUGCACAUAAUGGAAAACGUUUUGACUUUCCUAUCAUUAUCAACGCCUGCUUAGCUACCGGAAUGUUUAGUGAACUUUGUGCAUGUGUGUUAGGAUUGGUAGACACUCUUCCAGUAUUUAAAUCCGUAUGUCCUAAAAGGGAGUCUUACAAACAGGAAGAUCUGGCCCGUACAUUGCUUUCCAAAGUGUAUAACGCUCAUAACGCUCUUGAUGAUGUCAAGUGUUUGUCAGAGCUGGUCAGUUACGCUGUGAAACAUGAUGAGAAGUGUGUAGUAGUGAAGAGUUUUCCUCCUAGAGAUGUCAAACACAACAUGGAAUCCAACAUAGAGAAAAAGAAAAACAUGCCAUCUCUUUCUGUUCUGGUAGCAAAUGGUGUCAUGAAGUCGUCCACUGCCGACAAUGUGGCUAGCUCGGGGUUAAAUUUCAAACAUUUACAUACAAUCUUUCUACGUAAGGGAGAAGAUGGACUGUACAAUGUAUUUACUAUGAGAAACAGUGAAGGGCUGCCAAGAGUGACAAAUUCUAAGAGGGUUUUGGAGGCUGUAAUUCCAAAAUUAGUGUCGUAUUUUGAAGGCAAAAAUUAGGUUUGUUCGUCAAUUCAAGGUCAAACAUGUACUAUGUCUUGAUUAAUUUUAUAAAUAAUUUGACACUAGUUCAAGUUAUUUAUCUUUCAAAGAAGUAUUGAAUCUUUUAGAAGAGUACUGUAUUUAUGAAUAAUGUAUGGCAAGCAAAAUAGAUACUUAUUUUUGUGAAAAUAAUCAUGAAAGACAUUUCGAGCAUUCUUUUUCAUGAAAAAAUUGUUAUCGUAAUUUUAGGGGAUACCUUUUUGCUUGGACUUAUUUAAAUAAAAAUAGAUGGUAAAAGU